AUGCCAUGGGUUGAUGGUAACAUUCCAAUAGUGAAUUCAAGCCAAACCCUUAGAGCUGCGGUAAAUUGGGAAGUGAAAGAUUUCAUCAACAGGGAGAAUAACACCUGGAAUGCAGGUAGAAUAAGGGAGUGUUUCGACUGGGAAAGUGCAAAAAGAAUUCUGUCAAUGGAGCUCCCUCGGUCUUCGGAGGAGGAUGACUUCCUUUACUGGAAAUAUCAUCCAUCAGGGAGGUAUACUGUUAAAACUGGUUACUAUUAUCUAUCAAAGGAAGGGGAGGUAGAGAGAUCAGAAUUCUUGGAAAGGGAUCAAGAAUUUGUGAAGCUAGUAUGGAGAAUGAUCAUUCAACCUAAAUGGAAGGUUUUCCUUUGGAAGCUUUUUCAUGAUGGUAUUGCGGUUAAGCUUAACCUGGUUAGAAGGGGAAUAAGAGUAGAAGCUGUCUGUGCCCAUUGUGGGGUAGAACUGGAAGAUAGCCAACACCUCUUCAGAUUCUGCAUUCUGGCAAAUGAAGUUUGGGAGAACAGCCCCCUAACUAUUUUCCCUGACUCUACUGGAUUCAACUCUUUGAAAGGAUGGAUCCAGCACUAUAUCCCGCUUUUUAACAACGAGGAUGGUAAGAACAGCAAACGAUGUGCUUUGUUCAUUGCAACAUUAUGGGGGCUAUGGAAAACUAGAAACGCAAGAUGCUUCAAAGAUACAACGGGAUCGAUAAGUGUAGUAAAGGAAUUCACUGAUCUAGCCAUGGAAGAUCAUGACGCGUAUACACAUAAGACAAGAUCAAUACAUGAGUUGGGGGCCACUGAAACGGAUGAUCCGGUCAUUCCCCCAGGGUUAAACUAUGUGCAUCUGGGAAAGGAACACAACGACUUCGAUAAGUUCAUUGUGGAAGUCGAUGGCUCCUGGGAUAAAAACACGAGGAGAGAAGGGAUAGGAUGGGCUGUUAAAGAGAAUCACAACGGUUUUGACCUCGAUAGAGGAGGAAAACAUGGAGCAACAACGUCUGUUUUACAAUGUGAAGCCUGGGCUUGCCUGGAAGCUAUGACGUGGGCUCGUGAGAAAGGGAUACAUGGCAUUCUUAUUCUAUCGGACUCUAUGGGUCUCCUGAACAACUUGCAGGAUAAAUCUGGUAAGGAUAUCUCGAUUGUAUGGUUAUUAAAGGAGAUUAGGAAAAUAGGGGCCUCGUUUCAAAGGUGCACAAUCUUAAAAGGCCAGCGAGAUCAGGUAGGAAAGGCUAAUGACAUAGCUAGGAACUGCCGGAUUAACCUUGUUAACUUGUUGUAG